CGGGUUCGGUCGGUGAAGAUAUAAGUAAUGAGAAAUUGGAUUUGCAGCAAAGAUUUGUUUCUUAUUUGUGCAAACAUAGCAAAUAAAGUUGAUCAUAUGAGCGUCGCCGUGGUGUCAAAGUAAGCUGGAGAGGCUUGCUUGCUAGCUAACUAUCUCGACAAGUUUGAUACGGAUCAAGUCUUUUUUGGUUUAUACGAAAUGUGUUUGCUGCUCGGUGCAACCGGUGUUGGAAAAACUCUUCUCUUGAAACGUUUACAGAAGCUCAGUGUGAGAGAUGGCACAACUGAUUUAGGGGAACCCCCUGUUACUCUACCUACGGUGGGCACCAACCUGACAGACCUGACUCUGAAGAGGAAGAGGGUGACUGUGAGAGAGCUGGGAGGCUGUAUGGGUCCUAUCUGGCCCAGUUACUAUACGGACUGCUCCUCUGUCAUCUUCAUGGUGGACUCUGCUAACACCACCCAGGUGUCGUCAUCCUGUAUCCAGCUCCUGUCUGUCCUCUCUGCUGAACCUCUCCACACAGCCUCUGUCCUGGUUAUCUUCAACAAGAGGGACCUCCCUUGUACCAUGAGUCUCGUAGAGAUGAUGUCACUGUUCAGGAUGGAUGACAUCAUCGCCUCUGCCACCCAGCCGAUCACGACCCUGGAACUGAGCGCUCGUUCCGGCCAGGGACUCCAGGAGGUGUUGGGCUGGCUGGACUCCACCCUAACUAACUGACAGAGUGAUGUCAUAGAAGCAUCUUCCUUCCGGGAAGCAGUUCCUCAUUGCUGGUGCUUUCAAGACAACUGGGAACUCUGGGGAAAAAUACGGGGUAAAAUCAUGACGUCAGUGAUUUUCAGGUCAGAAAGUCGGUGCUGUAGGAGGCCCAAGUUUCCGAGUUGGAAUUUCAAGUUGGAUGACCGUUAAAAAAAUAAUUUAAAAAACUGUUAUCUUGAACGCACUGAAGUCAGAGAUUUCUGAGUUCCCAGUUGCUUUGAACGCAGCAUAAGUGACGUCAUUGUCACUGAACUUGGAAUGAUGUCACCACCAACUGGAAAGUGAGGGUACUGUAUCUCACGUCGUUACACAUGAAUCCCGUUGGCAAGAAGAUGUCGUCAUCCUCAUGAUCUCAGCACACCAGGAAUGAUCUGUCAUUCACAUGGGAUCACGUCUGAUUGAGGAGGCCUGAUAUUAAUGCUGUUAUGGCUGGAAUAUCAUGCCUGUAUUUAUUGUCAGCACUCUGUAUAGACACUGUAUCUACCAGCAGUUGUUUUUUAAAGGCUGAGGGAGAACACUGUUAUAUCAUUUGGUUUAAGUACUUCCAAAUAGGGAAAUGCAUAAUCAUGUGUGCAGUAGUGUCCUUGAUGUAGCCUAACUAUCCUGGAGUAGUGUCAUCGAUGUCGCCUAACUAUCCUGGAGUAGUGCCCUCGAUGUAGCCUAACUAUCCUGGAGUAGUGCCCUCGAUGUAGCCUAACUAUCCUGGAGUAGUGCCCUCGAUGUAGCCUAACUAUUCUGGAGUAGUGCCCUCGAUGUAGCCUAACUAUGCUGGAUUCAUUGAUAUGGGGAAAUGAUGGAUGACAGUGGAAAUACAGUAACUGUCAUACAGGUGUGUGGAAAUACAGUAACUGUCAUAGAGGUGUGUGGAAAUAUAGUAACUAUCAUAGAGGUGUGUGGAAAUACAGUAACUGUCAUACAGGUGUGUGGAGAUACAGUAACUGUCAUAGAGGUGUGUGGAAAUACAGUAACUGUCAUACAGGUGUGUGGAAAUACAGUAACUGUCAUACAGGUGUGUGGAGAUACAGUAACUAUCAUAGAGGUGUGUGGAAAUACAGUAACUGUCAGAGGUGUGUGGAAAUACAGUAACUGUCAUAGAGGUGUGUGGCCUCUGGGGGGCAGACAGACAUCGUGUAGAAAAGUCAACUCUUUGCAGAGUGUGCUUCUCUUAAGCAUUCGAUAUGUAGAAACAUUCCAUUAUAAAGUGUUGAUAUUACAAUCUAGCUAGGCAUAUAUAUAUUACACACAGUCAUGUAUUAACAGAUGUAAAAAGGUUGAAUGGUAUCAAAGCAACAAAUAUACUAUUGAUCAACAUGAUCAUGAAAUAAAAGCUGUAAAAUAUGAA